AUGGUCCCGUGCGGAUCAAUGGAGUCAAUGAACUUGGAUGCCUUCUCUGGAUCAUCAAACAAGAGCUGCUCGGAACCCCGGUUUUUAUACACAGACCUUUCUUCUCUCUCCUCGCCUUCUCCUCACCGUCUCCUCCCUGUCACCUUGUCUUCUUUUUGCCAUCUGUGUUUUUAUUGCCGUCUCCUCACCGCCUCCUCGCCGCCUCCUCCUCGUCGCUUCCUCACCACCUUCUCGCCGCCUCCUCGCGACCUCUUGGCCGUCUCCUUGCCUUCUUCUCUUCGCCACCUUCUCCUCGCCACCUUCUCGCCACCUCCUGGCCGUCUCAUCGCCUUCUCCUCGCUGUCUCCUUGCCUUCCCUCGUCGCCUUCUCGCCGCCUCCUCACCACCUCCUCACCGUUUCCUCGCCGUCUCCUCACCGCCUCCUCUCCGUCUCCUCACCUUCUUGCCGUCUCCUUGCCACCCCAUCGCCCCCUCCUCGCCCCCUCCUCGCCCCCUCCUCGCCGUCUCCUCGCCUUCUCCUCACCGUCUAUGUGUCCGUCUCCUUGCGUUCUAAUUGGCUUCUCCUUACCGCCUUCUAGCCGCCUCCUCGCCGCCUCCUCGCUGCAUCCUCAUCUUUUUCUUGCCGUUUCCUCGCUCUCUCCUCGCCUUCUCCUUGCCUUCUUUUCGCCGUCUGCUUGCCUUCUACUCAACUUUUCCUCACCUUCUCCUCGCCGUCUCCUCGCCUUCUUCUCGCCGUCUCCCCGCCGUCUCCCGCCUCCUCCUCACCGUCUCCUUGCCUUCUCUCCUCAGCGUCUCCUCGCCGCCUCCUCCUGGUGUGAGGCCUCCAUCGCUGCACACAUCCAGAAGUCAUUAGUUGUGAGUGUUGAAUAA